AUGGAGGACCCCUCCAAGAAGCGGCCCCGACGGGCCGUUGAAAGCGAUUGUUUCUACGAGGACCAGGACCCUGCCACUGAGGACGAGUCUAAGGAUCAACAUGAACAUCAUCAGCAUUACUCUGUGACGAGGGAUGUCAAGAAGGCGACGACUACCAAGCGGGCGAAACACCAUGGCCCUGAAGCACCCGGAGGAGAAGGCCGCAAGUUCGCUUGUCCGUUUUGUCAACAUAAUCCGGCCAAGUACAGAACAGUGAAGACAUGUUGUGGGCCGGGAUGGGAUAGUGUUCAUCGGGUCAAGGAACACAUCUACCGCCGACACUCACUUAAGAACACCUGUCCCCGAUGCUACGAGCAAUUCAAAACAGACGAUGACCUCAAGAGCCAUCAGCGGGCAGAAACGCCCUGCCGGCUCCGAAAGGACAACGUCCCCGAGGUGAUCACGGACGAACAAGACAAGAAGCUGCACGCCAGAGCCAAACCUGGGCUGUCGGAGGAAGACAAGUGGAAUGAUAUGUACCGCAUCAUCUUUCCGGGGCCGGUGGGGUCGAAGAUUCCUUCUCCUUGUACGUCCUCUUUUUUCCCCUUCUUUUUCCCCAUAUCAUCCUUCCUUCCCUUCUUUUCUCCCUUGAUCCCCUUUUCCUCUCACAAUAUGCUAACAAAAAAACAAACAGAUUACGACACCUCCGCCCCUUCAUCGUCCCCUUCCAACCAGUCUAACACUACGAACCCUUCUCCGAAGAACAAGAGGGCCUCAACACCACCAACAGCCUCCAACUUCGACAUCUCCUCCUUCAAAGACCUCCUCCGCCGCGAACUUCCCCGCUACGUCGAGCCCAUCUUCCGGCAGGAGCUCGACAAGAUGAUGACAUCCGUGCAGACGCAGAUGAACCAAAAGGCCGAUCAGCUGUUCAAGGACGUGGUAUUCAAGUUCAGUCGGACCUAUGCUUGGCCUGCUACAACUGGCGCGGCUGGUGCUGGCGAUACCGAAAAUGACUCUGUGGCAGUGAUCACACCGCUCAGCAGCCCGUGCAGCCCAAGCCCGGACCGUUGUGAGGAGACCCCCAAUGACACGGGCGAUGAUGGCCACAGAGACGGGGCAGGAGAUGCCCCAGCUGGGGUCGAGGAAGUCGCUUUCCCGGGGGGCCAAAGCUGGUUCGACUCCUUCGUCGAAACCAUCGAUCCCGACAGUCUCGGCUUUUCCUUCUAUAAGAACGGCGAAUUCAAUCUCGAGGCUUGCUAUGAGGAGGUAAUGAACAGUGCUGGUGAAGAGAUUCCGGAUUCGGCAUAUGGUACUUUGCCGACGUCCGAGGGACAACACGGUUCUUAUGGACUUGGCUUGGGGAUGGGCAUGGCCGGGAUGACGGGGAUGACGGGGGUUAUGGGCUCAAACUUGGACGCAUGGAUGAGGUAG